UUAAGUUGAUAAGGCAGUGUUCAGUAAAAGGUUGGACUCGAUCUUGGAGGUCUUUUCCCAACCUCUAUGAUUGCCCAGGCUCUGCCGCACAGUACGAAUUAGAAAGAUCUGUUUAUUUCUCAGCCUCCUGAAGACAAACAGCUCCCUCCCUACUCUGACUCUAGCCCAGGUGACUGUCACGACUCGGGUCCCCGCAUGUCUCCCAGCACCCGAAGCAGGACCGUGCCGGACUCGGCGCUCCGCCCUCGGUUUGCAGAGCCCGGCAGAGCCCGGGGCCCCGCGGGGCUGACGCACAGGAAGGCCCUGAAGGCGGGCACAGCACUUAAAGUCGGCGGCGGCGGGAUCGGGGAGCCGCCAGCGGCAGCAGCAGCAGCAGCAACGCUCGGUCGGACUCACGGGAAAGUAUGUCCCAAUGGAGUCAAGUUCAACAACUGGAAAUAAAAUUUUUGGAGCAGGUGGACCAGUUCUAUGAUGAUAACUUCCCCAUGGAAAUCCGGCAUCUACUGGCACAAUGGAUAGAAAGCCAAGACUGGGAGGCUGCAGCCAACAAUGAAGCAAUGGCAAUGAUCCUUUUACAGAAUUUGAUAAUACAGGUUGAUGAACAGCUGGACCGGGUUUCACAAGAGAAGAAUCUGCUCUUGAUACACAAUCUGAAAAGAAUCAGGAAGCUGCUGCAGGGCAAAUAUCAUGGUAAUCCCAUGCAUAUAGCAGUGAUCAUCUCAAACUGCUUAAGAGAAGAAAGAAGAAUAUUGGCUGCAGCUAGCAUGCCUGUACAGGGGCCACUGGAAAAGUCUCUGCAGAACUCUGUGGUUUCAGAACGUCAAAGAAACGUAGAACACAAAGUAUCAGCCAUCAAGAACAGCGCUCAGAUGACUGACCAAGAUGUGAAAUACUUGGAAGACUUGCAAGAGGAAUUUGACUUCAGGUAUAAAACAAUACAAAGCUUAGAGCAGAAUGACAAAAACAGCACCCACAUUAAACAGGAAAUGUUGGUGUUGCAGGCAAUGCUCAAUACUUUAGACUACAAGAGAAAGGAAGUACUCAGCAAAAUAGGGCGUGUGAUUCAUGAAAUCGAUAUGCUGAUGAGCAACAUGCUGACUGAAGAGCUGCUAGACUGGAAGAGACGGCAGCAGAUUGCCUGCAUUGGGGGUCCUCUCCAUGGUGGGCUCGAUCAGCUCCAGAACUGUUUUACGCUGUUGGCAGAGAGCCUCUUUCAAGUUAGAAGGCAACUGGAAAAACUGGACGAACUGUUGACCAGACUGACUUAUGAUGGGGACCCUAUUCCUGUGCAGAGACCUCAGCUGUUGGAAAAAGUCAACUUUCUGCUCUACAAUCUUUUCCGGAAUUCAUUUGUGGUUGAAAGGCAACCCUGCAUGCCAACACAUCCCCAGAGGCCACUGGUUCUUAAAACAUUAAUACAGUUCACUGUUAAAUUAAGGUUGCUAAUUAAAUUGCCAGAGCUGAACUACCAGAUCAGAGUGAAAGUAACUAUUGACAAGAAUGUUUCAACUGUAAGCAAUCGUAGAUUUGUUCUGUGUGGAACACAUGUAAAAGCAAUGAACAUGGAUGAGUCUGCAAAUGGAAGCUUGUCUGUAGAAUUUCGACAUUUGCAACCCAAAGAAAUGAAAACAAGCUCUGGAAGUAAAGGAAAUGAGGGCUCCCACAUGGUGACCGAGGAACUGCACUCCAUCAGCUUUGAAACACAGGUCUGCCUGUAUGGAUUGACUAUAAAUUUGGAAACCAGCUCUUUGCCUGUGGUGAUGAUUUCCAACGUCAGCCAACUGCCCAAUGCGUGGGCUUCUAUUAUUUGGUACAACCUGUCAACCAAUGAUCCUCAGAAUUUGUCUUUCUUCAACAACCCCCCUACUGCCACUUUAAGCCAGCUCUUAGAAGUCCUGAGCUGGCAAUUUUCAUCCUAUGUCGGUCGUGGACUCAAUUCUGAACAGCUCAACAUGCUGGCAGAGAAACUCAUGGGACAAGUCAGUUACAGUGAUUAUCAACUAUCCUGGGCAAAGUUCUGCAAGGAACAUCUGCCUGGAAAGUCUUUUACCUUUUGGGUUUGGCUUGAAGCCAUCUUGGACUUAAUUAAAAAGCACAUUCUUCCUCUUUGGAUUGAUGGGUACAUUAUGGGAUUUGUAAGCAAAGAGAAGGAACGAAUUCUGCUCAAAGACAAGACACCGGGAACAUUUUUAUUAAGGUUUAGUGAGAGCAAUCUGGGUGGAAUUACCUUUACUUGGGUGGAUCAACUAGAAAAUGGAGAUGUAACAUUUCAUUCGGUGGAGCCCUACAACAAAGGUCGCUUAUCUGCCCUGCCUUUUGCUGACAUACUGCGUGAUUACAAAGUUAUUAUGGCAGACAACGUUCCUGAAAACCCUCUGAAGUAUCUGUACCCAGAUAUUCCCAAAGAUAAGGCCUUUGGCAAACACUACAGCUGUCAGCCAAAUGAAGUCUCAAAGCCCUCAGAUGGAGGAGUCAAAGGUUAUGUUCCUUCUGUAUUUAUCCCAGUCUCCAAAAUCUUAAAUGAUCCUACAGAACCACACUCUCCAUCAGAUCUUCUUCCAAUGUCUCCAAGCGUUUAUGCUGUGCUGAGAGAACACCUGAGUCCCACAGCCAUCGAAACUGCCCUGAGUUCUCCUUACUCAACUGACUGAAGUUCAUAUGUUGGAAAAAAUAGCAAUCAUGUGAACACUGGAUGGGUUAAAGAUGCCUUAAUUUUUUUACAAUCAUCUUUGUACAUCAACUUUUCCUGGAAACUAUUAUGUUAUUCUUAGGCCUCUUUCUGUUAUCAAUCAACAUGUAAAUAAGGAAUUUUCUCCCUAGGGAUUCAAAUAGCUUUCUGCAAGCCAGAUUUGCUGUUCUCAGUGAUAAAAGGCCAAAUCCUUUCUUAUUUGGAAGUCAUUUGACUGCAGUGAGGUCCCAGCAGAGACAAAUUUUACUUGCAGAAUUAACUAACAUUCAUAGAAUUGCUGUAAAUAUGAGGACAGAAGAACAAAAUGUUCUGCUUCUGAAAACAGCACAUAAAGAUAACUGAAGAUAUUAAUGUGUUUGGAGAAAUUAGGACUUAUUAUGUUAAAUACUUUUUGUUUAAUCAUAAUCUUGCACACCACUGGUUUAGAUUCUAUUUCAAAGCAAAGAUUCUCAUUCCCCUGAGUUCAAGUGUCUCAGAGGUGUUUGGGACAUUUUUCUCAAAAGAAGAAGAACCUUCAGCAUAGAUUUUUAUCUGACACCACAGCAGAAGUUGCGGAAGACAGGUAAGCAUGGCAGGGAGGAGAAGGGAGUUCCAGAAAGGAAGCAGACACAAAAUUUGUGGUAUCAAAAAGUCUGUCUCCAUUUUGCCACUGGAAGACAGAGUUAGUGAAACUUUUCCCCCUCACAGAGUAGUUGCAGGAGUAAAUCUGUUUAGGCAAGGAGACUUCAGAUAGUACAGCAUGUACGAUAAAAAAGCCUACAAAUAAAAAAAUCCUGAUCAGAUGCAGUUUGGAUACUAACUGGUAAAUGCCAAGUGGGAAGCACAGUUUUAAAAAACUGAAGAGCUGCAAUUGCCAACCACUGGGAAAAUUGUGCUGCGUGGCAGAUUAUUACGUGUCAGUCAGAGGCUCAUUUAAUAAACGGAAUAACUAGCUUUUGUAUAAAUGGUAAAUUGCCCUUCUAAAAUACUCUUUUUUUUUUUUUUUUCAGGCACUGGUUUAGUGCUGGGUUUGGGUUGUUUGGUCUUAUUGCUUUUUGUUUUUUUCUCUCAGUAUUCUCCCUAAAAUCUGUGUUAAUAGAAUAAUAAAGAGGCAAUUCCAAGGACACAUAUGCCGGCUCAAUCAAGAUUUAAGUCUUAUCCACAGAGUACAUGGUUAAUGCAUGCAAAGUUCUUACAACACAAGCCCUUGAACGUUUGCACCUUACUGUUUUCUUGAGUAGGUACAAAUUACACAUCUGAGAUGAAAAUGUAACCUCCUUGAAUCAGUAAGACGUGCAUUUUACUUUCAUUUCUCCUUUUUUACUCACUCCUUUCACCCCUACUACUUAUGUUAGUUGAAAGCAAGUGAACGGAAACAGAGUAACGAGCUAUUUCUGUGAGACGUGGGAAUAGAUUUCAAAAAACCCAAACACAUCUCUGUUCAUUCACCUGAGUGACUUAAAGUGAGCUGCACAUCAGAAGUCAUUUUUCUCUCAGAAAGUAUCAUGUAUAAAUAAUUUUACAAAACAACAAGAGCAAUUCUGUAUGUAUUUUGGUAACAUCUGUAACUUAUAUAACCAGCAUGAAUAAAACCAGAUUUUGGCUUUAAGCUGCAUACCUAGACCUCUGUGGAAUUUAAGGCACACAAAAACAGUCUUGCUGCCUUUUUAUUGAUCUCAAGUCUGAACUACAAGCAGUAACACAGGUAUCUAGAGCAGCAAACAUAACUUCACCUUGCAUCAGCUAUUGCAGGCCUUUUUAUGCUAACCUCUUCUCACAGUCUUAAUACAAACUAAAUGGGGGAUGCCCUACAUUUUUGAUCUCAUGAGAAGUACUGUACAAAGGGACCAGACAUGACAGGUGAAGCAGUCUCCUCUCCCCUUCUUCCCUGCUCCCCAAGCAAUGCAAUCCCUCAAGACUCUCAGGUAUUAACUUCAGCAUGAUAUAACUGGCAUUACUGAGCAGCACUAUGGAUCGAGUUUUCGCAUUAUGGUUUCUACUAUUGCUCUAAAACAGAUUUUGCAAGGAGUAGGUUUAACAUGUCAUUGAAAGGUGUAUGACUUUAAAUCAUUUCACUGCCUUAAAGUAACAUUGGAGUAACUUUCUGUAAGGUGAAUAUACAUAGCCCAAGCCUACUUCCAUUGAAAAAAGUGAGAAUUUUGUCCUGACGCAACUACAGGUAAGAAUAGAGUUCUCCAGUAUAAUGAUGUUUAAUAAUAAUGGCCAGUUUUCACGAGCGAGCGAGGGCCUCGCCGGUGGAGCACCUGGUGGUCUAGUGGUUAAGGGCACGGCGCUGUCACCGCCGAGACCCGGGUUCGAUUCCCGGUCCGGGAUACUCCCCGGGUAGAUGGAGCUCGGUAGCCCUUAAAAAGGCAAUCCAUCCACGUCCUAAGGACCUCGCUGCCACCGUCCAAGCUCGCUUGGCCCCGGCAGAUGAACCUUAGGAUUAAAGGGUGGGCUCAGUUCCGCGCACACUGUGUCUCACCUAAAAAAUCCAAUGCGCAGGCUGGAAGGUGUAAAGACCUUCCCCGGAUCUUCGCUCGCGAAAACUGGCCAUAAUGAUGUGGAAGGGAGCAAACACACAAAGGGAUGCCUCAGACACUACCAGAAGAAACAAAAUAUCCACUUUUAGGUACUUUUACUAACUGUGUUUAUGUUUUCGCUAGGUUUUGCAGCAGCAAAUUAAAAAAUAACGUGG